AACCGUAGCCCCCUCGGCCUUGACUUAGUGCCGAGCGACAUCCCGAUGCGCGAGACCGAUUCAAUGGUUUUGAGGGAUUCAACCAUGGGAGCAAUAUAUAUACGAUGCGACGCUGAAAAGAAACCCGGCUGGUCCCAAAUCAUAGAACGGCAGAUAUCUUACUCUUACUCAUCACCAAACAAACUACUCCAUUCGUCGGAGCACGAUCUGUACGUACUGUAUUUGUACUGGAAAUAUCUCCAUCUUUUAAAUACAAGAUAUAAAAAAGCUUCCUUUCCCUCACAGCUGGCGCCUGCAACACUUAUCGAUAACAAUUCAUCACAAUCCUGCGGCCAUCUUCCAUAGACGUUAUCAGCAAAGUGCGAGAGAAUCUUACAUUGUUCUUACGGAUUUCUGGGGAUCUUGGGUAAACUACCAACGCCACCAACAAUUGUUUGUUUUUCUUUUAGCGCCACCGACUUAUCCCCAUUUGACUACGGAUCAUCAACAUCUUCAACAAACCUAGGAAUUAAAAUGUCGGAGAAAGCGACCCACACUCCUACUGAUGGUCGCUACAUGGAGACAGCGCGGAAUUCUCUGGAGCCAGCUCUCUCAAAAAGGCUCUCAGAAACGGAGGCCAAUGUUUCAGCAGAAGGUACAGUUAAAGCUGAAACGGAUAUAGAAAAAGGGGGAGUUGCUCAGAAGCCUGUACCAGUCGCUGGUGGUGUAAACCCAGCUGAUUUCCCGGAUGGAGGUCUUGAGGCGUGGCUUGUGGUAGUUGGUGGAUGGUGUUGUUUGUUUACUUCUUUUGGCUGGGUUAACUGCAUUGGUAAAAAACAUUAAUUUGAUCCUCAAAAAAGGCGUGAUAGCUAAUGAAUACCACAGGUCUUUUCCAGGAGUAUUAUGAAAACAAUUCACUACAGGAAUACUCUUCUAGUACGAUUUCCUGGAUCACUUCGAUAGAAAUAUUCUGCAUGUUCUUUGGUGGACCCAUUUUUGGAAAGGUCUUUGAUAGUUAUGGGCCCCGUUGGCUUCUACUUGGUGGAAGUUUUUUCCACGUCUUUGGUUUGAUGAUGACUUCGUUGUCAACUGAGUACUACCAGUUUAUCUUGGCACAGGGAUUUGUUAGUGCCUUUGGAGCGAGUGCGAUUUUCUUUUCGGCUAUGAACUCGGUUGGGACUUGGUUUUUUAAGAGCCGUGCCACUGCUUUUGGAAUCAUGGCAUCAGGCUCUUCUUUGGGAGGUGUGAUUUUACCGUAAGUCCUACUACGUCCUACGACACACGAGACCCCUAUUUUCGAGAGUUUUAUGUCCUCAAAGAAAUCUCUUCUUCGUCCUUGUCCUGUUUUGACCUGAGGUUACCUAUACCUAAGCUGACCUCUUCCCUAGCAUCUUCGUUUCAAAACUCAUUCCCCAAAUUGGAUUCCCUUGGACCAUGAGAGCCUGCGCUUUCUUCAUCCUGGGCAUGCAACUCAUCGCAAUCAUGACCAUCAAGUCCAGACUCACACCUAUUCCCAGAAAGGUUGUGUUGAUGGAAUUCAUCCGACCUAUCAAGGAGCCAGCUUUCUCAUUAACUUGCUUUGCAUCAUUUCUCUUCUUCUUUGGUGCUUUCUUGCCUUUUGGAUAUUUGCCACUCUAGUAAGUAUCUAUCCAAAAAUAAGAAACAUAUCCAUUACUAACAGUAUGAACUAGUGCACAAAAACACGGCAUGUCUGCCGAACUAUCUAUCUAUCUAAUAUCAAUACUAAACGCAGCAUCGUAAGUACCUCCAAACCGCCACCAACUCCCCUCCAAACCCAUUAAACCCCCAAGUUCUAACACCCAUCAGAGUCCUCGGCCGCAUCCUCCCCGGUAUAAUCGCCGACCACCUGGGACGAUACAACACCAUGCUCUGCACCACUGCCUUCUCCGCCAUUAUCGUGCUCGCCAUCUGGCUGCCCUCGCGCAGCAACGCACCCAUCAUUGUCUUCUGCGCGCUCUACGGCUUCUCCUCCGGUGCCUUCGUCUCCAUGGGUCCCGCGAUCCUGGCGCAGAUCUCCCCAAUCAGGGAGAUUGGUGUGAGAACCGGCACGUUCUUUGCAUUCGUUGCGUUUGCGGGACUCACGGGCAAUCCGAUUGGGGGUGCGCUGGUGACCGCUGAGGGAGUGUUCACGCAUUUGCAGAUCUUUUGUGGGUGUACUAUGGUGGCGGGGACGGUGUUAUUUUUGGCGGCUAGGUGGGUGCAGGUUGGGUUUAAGUGGAAGGUUAUUUGAUAUUGUUUGUUUGUUGUGUGGUUGUGUUUGGGGGUUCAGAGGGUGUGGUUUGUAGUUUCUGUGGAGGUUGAUAUUGAUAGAGCUUCUUUUGUUCGUGCAUUUUUCUUGGGAGUUUGCGCGAGAUACCAGAGAUGGAUGUAUGACACAGAUCUCUUGCUAUUCGUACAGGAUAUUGAUAAUAGCAGUUUAUAAUUUAAAAA